AUGGUUGUCUUCGGCGUUGAAGUUGGCGGGCGAGUCAGCCGCGGCACCCUGACGUUCUUGCGACUGCUCGCGUGGGCAAGGGCUCGCCAGCGGGCGCUGUGGUGCGCAGCGGCCGCUCGACAGGCCCUGAACCAGCGCUGGAAAGCCCAGGCUGCGUUUGCAGCGCUCCGGGCGCACGCCUGCUCGCUCCUCGAGCUGCCCAUCGCGGGGCCCAGCGACCCAUCUGACGACCUAGAGGUGCCGUUGGGUGAGUUGCUCGCGAGCAGCCUGUGA